UUCGACGUUAAAAUCUAGAACACUCUGUAUAUUAUCUGUUGCGAACAGAUUUCCUGGGAUCUUUGAAGACUCCGACGGUGUGCUUAUUUGAAUGGUAUUCGUGUGUCGAAAACGCUAGAAAAUCUCUUUGACUUGUAGAAGAGUUCUACAAGUAUAAGAUAAAUGGCAAGGGAAAUAUAUGUUUCCUGUCUGACGCGAAUCUUUUUUUCUGUUUUGUUAAAAAACAGUGAUCGUAUUGGAGCUCGUAACGAUGCGUUGCAGUUAAUUACAGAAGGAAAUAGAACGUUCCAUCGCCGGUGGCUCAUUCUUAUGUAAAUAAAGUAACCACCAUGCUGGUGUACCGGGACAAACAAAUUUCUAAUACCAAAGUAACUUCGAAGCCUCGUAAUUAGAGCAGAAUUCACAAGUUUGGUCGGUGAGCGAGUUUCUGAAAGUCGCCGGAGGCCCAGCCAGCCGUGUUCUCGUGGACUUGCCAGCGUGACAGCUAAGACCCGUCUCGUCACUGUGAAACUUUUAAUCGAACGUUGAAUCUGUGCUCGCGGAAACGUACCUGGCGAAAGGUCGCGACAAGAGUUAAACGCUCGACGAACAGACCACCUUUCAACGGGGAGAGCGCCUAUUUCGAGAAUAAUCAAACUCGCCUCGUUUGAAGUCAGCCGGUGGUUUUCGAGAAGUAGCGCUCUUCUGGGACCUGGAAACUUCGUCCCGGGCGUGUUUUCCGAGAAUCUUGAUCGCUUCAAAGGGCAAAAGUGCAAAGGGAGUCGAGUGCAACGUGUUCCAGAGAAAAAAUCUCGCUAGAGAUAACGAACCCUGGGAAUUGAUAAAAACAGAAAGCUCGAAGUUUCAGUCGGAAACGUGUUUUCAAAGAGGGAAAAUAGACUCUUGGGUAUAUCGUUGUUUUACGGUGAGCAUACGAGGAAAAUAACAGAAAUUCGAGCAAGUUUACUCGUAAUCGUACCUCGGGAAUACGGUUUUUCUUUUUUUCUAUUGAAAAAUCGGAAAUUGUCGGAGAAUAGUGUAAUAGUAGAAGGAUCGGCGAACGAAGAGAAGCAAAAAUGUCGGAAACUUCGCUACGCCGGAAGACCAGAUCGGCCUCGAUCUGUGCACCUGGUUUCUCCAGCAUGGAACAAAUGUUGGAGGCGAUGCCUCCCUCGGGUGCCAGAGAGAGGGAUAAAAUCGACAGAGAGAAGGAUAGUGGAAGCGGAACUCCUGACAGCAGUACACCAACGAGAAGACGUAGACCCGCGACGAGGUCUCAGAGUGCUCGCGUCUCUAGCGCGAAUAAGAGCAUUCGUCGUCGAGCCGCCGUUCAAGCUGCACACCAUCAUCAUCAUCAUCAUCAUGAAGGCACAGUUAAAUCUGCUCAUUGCAGCAGCGAGCCCAGGCUCACUGACAAUGAUAUCAGUCCUGGCCUCAGAAGAAGAGGAAGUCGAAGAGGGCAAAGUAUGCAUCAUAGUCAUCACAGAAAGAGUAACGCAUUUUUGGAUGUUCCUGAUCCCUCUACUCAGAUUCAGAGGGAAGAAGGUGAAGACGAGGACAGUUACAGGCUCAGAAGCUUCAGUCUCACCAGCAAGGGUGUCAUUAACAGGGGCGACUCUUUCAGAAGAAGAAGAUCAAGGUCGAACUCUUUGGCACCUGCGGAACAAGAUGGCGAGGAAAAACGUUCCGUGCCUGCGAAAGAGAUCAGCUCGUAUACAGUGGCGAUACUGGGUGCAAGGGGUGUCGGGAAAACCGCCCUGAUCAGCCAAUUUAUGACCAGCGAGUGUAUAAACGCGUACGACAGACAGAAAGACGUACCCAGCGAGCAAUCCGUUUUCGUCAUGCUGAACGGCGAGGAGAGCGAGCUGAGAUUCCUGAACGUCGCGAACCCGAAGACGGAAUUGGAGAAUAUACACCCGGAUGCCUUUGUCAUCAUGUAUUCUGUGAUCGAUAAAGCAUCCUUUCAGAGAGCAGAAGAGUACCUAGAACGUCUCCACGACCAGGAAUUCCUCCGAGGAAAGUCGGCUAUACUAGUUGGGAAUAAAGUGGAUCUGGUCCGAUCUAGAGUGGUUUCUUCGCAAGAUGGCAAGUGCAUGGCGUGCACCUAUCGGGUGAAGUUCAUCGAGGUCUCGGUCGGGAUCAACCACAACGUGGACCACCUGCUGGUCGGGAUUCUGAAUCAGAUACGACUGAAGAACGUGCAGGGGAACGCGGAGAACCGUACCGGAAACGGGGCUAGCGAGGGCAGCGGCCACUGGUAUAAGUCUAGAGGCGUGGUACGAGCCAGCAUGAAGGCCAGACAGAUGCUAACCUGGCUGUUUGGUAAAGAGGACAGCAAGUUCAAGAAUUGCGAGAAUCUUCACGUGCUGUAAUAGGCGAGCGGGUGAAUUUUCUUUCCCCGGCCGUACCUGACGGUAGAUUGUAAGGGCGGUGCUGUUCGGCGCGAUUACGCCACCCCUGCAUGAUACGAUACUUCCAGAAGAUCAUACUGUUCGGCCGAGCAAUAGUGAAGUCUCUGAGAGAAGUUAAAGUCAGCGUGACAUAGAGGGAUCUUCGUCUGUCGAUUAGCUGAUCGUUUUAAGAGUAAAGAAGUUAUUUACUCUGUGUUUGAAAUUGGUAGAUAAAAAGGCACGAACUGUUAUAAUCUUUUAAUCCUUUCGUAGUAUUUGGUUCGAUGCAGAGUAAUUAUCGUAUACAGCGUAGUUUCUGUAAAACGUUUCUGUAGGUUUAUCACGUUAUGGUAAUUUUUAUAAAAGAAUAUAAAUUACUAUAAUCUGCGAAUCUUAUCGCUACUCGGUUUAACGCAGGGAAUAUCAAAUAAGAAUAUCCGUAAGAUUCAUCCGUCGAUCAGUCAUUUGUACGUGGUUUGUUUUAAAAACUGCUUACUUUAUAUUUGAGAUUUGCAAUUUCGAUAAACGCUAAACUACUAUGAUCCGUGAGCCUUUUUGUGAUAUGCAACUUAUACAUGUCUUAACCUGUUUAAUUAACGCGGAAUAAUUAUAAAACGAAUAACAUGAUCAUCUGUAAAAUAUAUUCGCCCAUCGAUCGGUAAAUUGUACGUUGUUUGUUUCGAAACUAACGAGACUGUUUAUUUUGCAUUCGAAGCAAAGAAAUUGUUGGAAAGAAUGUAUACAUUUUUUUAUAAUAUUCAGCUUAUACACAUCUAAUUAGUUUAAUGUAGAAUAAUCAUCAAAUAAAUAACGAUAUUUUAAGCGAUAUCAGUUACCGUUGUUGUUCCAUCGCGACUUUGUAUUCUCCUUCAUAUUGAAUCAAUUAACCUAACUGCAAAUAAAAUUGUCUCUGUAAUUUCUUCUCAUAACGAGUCAUCGUCCUUGUACGUUUGAAAAUUCUAUGUGGGACCAUAGAAUAACGGAGACCAGUGCUGCCUACCUGCUUAGUCAUACACGUUAGAGAUUUUACUUUUGCUCGGUUAAGCAGAACAAGCUAGAAACCUUGAACGGUGCUACGGAAUUCUGACUGGAAUUCGUGAGACUAGUAAUCGGGUGAGAUUGUAUUUCGUUCGAGCGUGAUUCCGCUUGGAAUGGCCAAUUUGGUUUCUGAGCACUCGAGCUGAUUUGGCUUCUGAUUUUUGGAAUCUUGGAUAUUCGAGGCACGGAAUUCAUCGAAUUUUCCACCUUAGGUUUCUCCCUUUUUUACUCUUUUUUAACGUCUUUUCGAGAAACAGUCAAAUUAAAUAGAAGAAAAAUAAUUUAUCGAAUGUGAACUGGAUAGGAUAAAACUUGUUAAGAAACGCUACUCGAGUUGCAAAGGGGUUAACGAAUAUAAUAAUAUAACACAUAUUACGGACUACGAUAUAUUCGAAUUUGAAAUAACAGCGAAAUAUAAUCCCACGUAUAAUAGAAUUACAUAUUACAAUAAGCACUAAUCCUAGAAUACAAACGUUAUUACAAAUAUUCGAGUAACAUAAACGUCUAUAAAAUGUACAAUUCUCUCCAGAUUUUUAUUUCAAUAUUAAAAUAUAAUAUUAUAUUUUAUUUUUCAUCAACACUUCGAUAUCUUAUUUACCUAAUAAUUCAAGAUUAAAUAUUUUAUUUGUAACUGACGAAAGAUCUGUCAAUGGCAAAAGUCACGUGUAUUUGUGUUCUAGAAUUAACGGUGACAUGAUAAAUUAUAAAGACCAGGAACCGCGAUAAAAUGAUCUUUAAACGUGUCAUUUUAUUAAUCUGAAAGAUGUUAAAGAGAAACAAUCGUGGGACGAAAUUGGUCAUUCCAACAGCCAGAGUAGAAUCUGGAAAGAUUGGGGUGCGAUCAAAGUGCCAAUUAAUUAAAACGAACGUGACCACUGUUUCUUUUUCGAACGAUUAAUUUUAAUUAAUGUUAGCUCUUAAGAACUUCCGUCGAGGAUCCGCUCGAUUCCUACCGUAAUUUCGAUAAUGAUAAGUUUGUUAAGUCAUUAUCAUCGUCUGUGUUGGUUCGUAGUCUAUACAUGAAAAAUAAAUUGUAAAUGACUCAGAGGAAAAAUAUAUUACGCGCGCGCGCGUGCACACACAUACACACACACGUACAGAGGGCUUGAUUAAUCCUUUGAUCGUUUAGUUCUUUUAUAAAAUAUAUAUACGAAUCUUUCAAUAUUUAACGCUAGAACUACCUCGGUGGUCAAAAUGAUUUUAAUUCAUAAUUUUUCGCAACAAUUUUAUAGCAAUAUUUCAUAGGAACGUAUGUAUUUUUCAAUUAAUUUAUGAUGUAUUUCCUGCAUUUUUGGAAAUUUCAAUAAUUUCCUGUUUACCGUAUCGCUUGCAUUAUGUAUUUCUUCAUAUACAUAAUUUCACUUCAAUUCCUUUGUUGCGAGUUCUAUGCUUUAAUCGUUGGUAACUCUAGCGUUUAUAAAUCUCGCUUUCGAUACGAUCAGAAUAAUUUAUGAUGCAAUGAAAAUUAUAAUUUGCAUUAAUAAUAGAAAAGUGAGAAUCCGUAUCCUUCGUGUUUGAUUCUCGAGCUUUCUCUCUGUAUAUCAAAACUUUGUUUCUAUAAACGAUUCUAUCAUCGAAGACACUAUCGGCAGAGAGCUGAGAGACAGAGAAUUAAAACGAAGAAGAACCUAGUCGAAGGAAAGAACUCGACAGACCCAAAGGGUUAAUCGAAAGGACGAAUCUUGGUGAAACUCGGCGAAGACUCCUGACGAAGAGGAAAUGAUAAAAGAGGGAAAACAAAGUAGUUCAAAUCGAUUUCAGAACGGGUACGAAGGAAUUUAAAAAAUCGGACCAUGGCAUGAAUUAGCGGCCAAUAAUGUUACGUCGUUACUGUACAAUAAGACCAAUUUAAUCUUUUUAAUCCGAGUUGUAUAUACGAUAAGUUUAACGAUAAACAAUUCUGUGUACCUACCUAGCACAGAAACAAAGAAAGAUAGGGAACAAAAGAAUGAACGAAAGAGAAAAAUAGAAGAAUGACGAACAGCAGCGAGAUACGUGUGUUAUACUAUGAUAAAUAUACAUACAUACUUAUAUGCAUAUAUAAAUAUAUAUGUAUAUAUUUAUAUAUAUAUUUAUAUAUGCAUAUAUAAAUAUAUACAUAUAUAUUUAUAUAUAUAUUUAUAUAUGCAUAUAUAAAUAUAUAUGUAUAUAUUUAUAUAUUCCUAAUGUACGAUGAAUAUAUAAGUCCACGUUAGUUUUAUGUAGAUGUAUCGUUAAAUGAUCGACGUGUUGCUGUAUUGCGUGUUUUCCUUAAAAGGACGGGUACCACGGAGAAUAUUCAUUUUUGGGACAUUUUGAAAGCAAAUACGAAAAAUAAAGAAGACCGUACGUAGGUACGCGUAUACAUACACACAUACACGCACACACAUACGUAUUUACACGCCUACACGGCCCACUGUCUAUUUUCUGCGAUCUCUAUGCCUAUGUAUAACCGAAUUAUAUAUAAAUAUAUAUAUAUAUAUAUAUAUACUCGUGUAUAUGUAUAUACAGGGUGUUGGGGAAAGACGGUUCAAGAAUAUUCAAUCGAUUGUACGUGUCAUUUUGUAAAUGAAGUGUUUCAGAGUUGUAAUAACAAACUGUUGUUCGUCUUUGAUAUAUGUUGCUUCUAUUUAUGUACGAUUACUUAUUAUUAUUUUUUAUUUCAUGUACGAUAUUUUUUUUUACAAAAAGCCGGUUGUAAUAAAGUGACGAAAUAUUUUUAUGUACUUCUCUAUAAUUCUUCAUUCUUUCAUCCUUCAUUCUGACGUUCUUCAGACAAGAAAGUCAUUUUAAUUUGAUAUUUCGAUCUAUUAGCUUUGUCUUUACGUUGGAUUUAUCAGCUAUGUUAACCGUUAUCGGAAUUCUUGUUCGUAGAAUUCUUUAUAAACUGUAAAUUUGUAUAUUCUUGAACCGUCUUCCCGAAGUAUCCUGUGCGUAUAUUUAAAACGAAGCAGUGUUGUAACAAGUAUAGUUCGUGCGGUAUAUCCGUCUCAGGGGCCAAGUUACUGGGCUGUAGGAUAAAGAAACAAAAAAAAAAAAGAAAAAAAAAAGAAAAUAAGAACCAUUACGAUUAAUAGCUUACGCUAGCCGAAAUAAAGGCAUCCAUUCGAAAGAAAAGCGCACGGAAAGGUAUAAAAUUGGAAGGAGGAUAAAAAUCAUAGAGAACGGUAUUAUAUUUUCCAAAAUGUUGUAAAACGGUGUUUGCAAAUGGGACAUCGAAUUGAAAAAAAAAUCUUGUUGCAAGUUUUGGCAUUAUAAAGUAUGUAUAGAGAUUAUAUGUCGGAAGAAUUAGCGUUUCGAAGUAGUUUAAUAAGACGAUAAGAUUUUGGUUCAGACUUAAAGCAGAAAGUGUUACCAAGUUUAUGGAAGAUCGGCCGUUAAGCCGACGAAAGAAGGGAAACGGUUUGAGGAGCAUAAUACAUAAUUAAAUUUAAAACGGAUGAAUAAAUUUCGAUUUUAAUAGAGGAAGUUGAGAAACUCUGUUAUCAAAGCUGAAUAAUCAAAAAUGGAAAAUAAAUUCUAAUAGUGAUUUAAUAAUUGCAAAUUGAAUGCAAGAUCGCUCUGACAAAUUUCUAGCUAAUUUAAAACAAUUCGAAUUGUGCAAUCAAAAUGAAAUUAUUUUAUUACAACGGCUGGAACAACUAAAAAUCGAGGACAAUAUUAAAUUGUGAAUUCUAUCGCACAAUAGGUAGCAAUAGGAUGCAAAUUUUUACGGCUCGUUGAAUCAAAACGACAUGAAAGAUAAAUCAAAUACAAAUAAUAUGCAACUACGUAUAACGUGAAACGAACUGUUAAAUAUAAUUACGAUAAGAGGAAUGUCAAAAUCAACAAAAAUUGUGAUUUAAUAGAGGCGUCGAAGUAAUUUCAUUGUUAAAAAAUUCUUUCGUAGAGAUACGUUUUUCGACUCACAGAUCGCGAGACUAUCUUCUUACAGCACUGUUGAAAUCGAACCAAAAGCCAGAAGAGUGAAAGAAUAUAAAAGUAACAGGACGUAAGAUUCAAAAGAAACGAACAUCUUGUAACUUUAAGUAAGAAUCGUUCCUUUGUUCGCUCAAACGAAGAUGGCGAGUUAACGACACGUCGUCAUCGACCAUUCGAUUUAUCAAUUGCGAAACCAGCCAAGGUAUACAUUAUCGUUUGCCAUCGGUUUGCGUCGUCGUUGCUGCUGUUGUUAAAUUAAUUAAAAAAAAAAAAAAAAGAGAAGAUAAACCAGAAAGACGGAAUUCUAUGGAAUCGUGACUCGAACAGGAACCUUCGCGAAAUAAAAGAGCGAGAGAGGUAGAAAAAAAAGGGGGAUUCUUAUCAAGUGCCUUUGUGUAUUUUUGUAAUUUAAGCUAAACUCGAUGUAAGUCUUUAACCCAGAAAUACAACAGUGUAACCAUCAAAUGUAUAUCGAUUCUGCAAGCGCAUGCUCUUAUUAGUUUUCGAUAAUUCGUUGUAACUUGUCGUGCUUAUAAACGUUACCAAUUUUUCUAUUUAUUCUUUCACGUUCUUUUCACCGUUCCUUUUCUUUCAAUUAACGUUAUAUCGCGGUUUCUUUCGUUUCUUUUUCUCCUUCUCCUCUUCGACGUUCUGUUCGAAGUCGAGAGAAGACGUAACGAAGCUCGUAUUUCUAAAUCUCCUAUGGACCUUGUAACAACAUCUCGAAGAGUGAGAACGAUAAUGAAAGAAAGUAACGAAACAAUAAUUAAAUAAGGGGAAACACGAAAUAAGACGAGAAAAAUAACAUUUUCUUUAGAUUUUAAGCUUUCACGAUGGUUGAUGGACGUUAUCCUUCUGGUUUUUCGGCAUCGGUCGCGUUGCACCUUCGGAUGCCGAUUUCCGCAACGUCCACGAAAUGUUCGCGCACAAGCGUAGCGCGUAACACGACUGAUCCCUAAAAGCCAAAAGCACGAUAGUUUGUCGUCGAAAGGGGAAAUAAUUUCGAUCCUAGAGGUGCAUAAUCGUUUGGAAGAUAUCGACUUCCGGUUUUCGACGAUACACCCGCUCGAUGUCUACCGAUUAGCUGUUGCCAAGGUGAAUUUAUCGAUGUUACUUCGAGUAAGCGAACAAUGAAAAACGUUAUCGUCGUUGUCUGUUCGUUGUAUGAGUGGUGCGUGACGUGACAAUACUGCCAUCUCUCUUCGGCUGAUAGGGAUACGAUUAGGUCGUCGCGACGCUUUUCGAGGAAAGGCAACGGAGAUGAGAAACCAGGCGAAUUCUUGGACUCGGCCACGCGUCUUUUCUGCGCUAAAUUUUAAUGUAAGACUACCUGUCAUCCAGAUGGAAACGAAUGGCUCUAAUCCCGAGGGAUUAUUGUACUUCGGUGAUAAUAAAGAAGCGACACUUCAAAUCCUC